UGCGCUUCCUGGCCCUAACAAUAGCGUGGAAUUGUGCAAUGGAUUCUCUGAGGGUGUCAGUGAGCAAGAGUUCUCAGCCUCUCGCUGUGCUCAUUGCAGCUGCGUCUGUGCGAGAGCAUAUUCCUACUACUUUGGAGUGGACGUCCAAUACGUGUGUUCAAGUAGACAGCGAUGUCUCACUGUCUGGAAACUUGUGUGUGACACGUUAUCUUGUUCGACUCGCACCAGCAGCUGGUCUUUAUGGCUAUACACCAUUGGAAGCUAGCCAGAUUGAUCAGUGGUUGGAGUUUAGUCUUGUCAACUGUGGUAAUGAAAAUUAUUCAGGAAUCAAUCAUGCUCUAGAUACUGUCAAUACUGCAGCUGGUCAAAGACCAUUUUUAGUAGGAAACCGUGUGUCCCUGGCAGACGUUGUAGUAUGGUCAUCAAUACAAGUCAACAGUUCAAUGUUAAGUUCUCUUGAUGAUUAUGAGCAUGCUCAUGCCUGGUAUCGACGAUGUGGUGAUCUCCCAGCUUUCAAGGAAGGAGUUGCUAACCAGCCAGAACAAGAUGAACCUUUAGCUAAGCCUGAGGACAAAGGCAAGUUUGUUGAUCUUCCUGGAGCAUCAGAGGGCAAUGUUGUUGUAAGAUUUCCUCCAGAAGCAAGCGGAUUUCUUCACAUUGGUCAUGCAAAGGCAGCAUUGCUUAAUCAGUAUUACCAGCAGACGUUUUCUGGAAAGUUGAUAAUGAGGUUUGAUGACACAAAUCCUGUUAAGGAGAAAGCCGACUUUGAAGAAGUUAUACUUGAUGAUCUUCGACAGCUACAAGUGCAUUAUGAUCACUUUUCUCGCACAUCAGACCAUUUUGACUACCUGCUGCAAUGUGCUGAGGAUAUGAUUAAGAAAAGCCUAGCAUAUGUAGAUGACACACCACAAGAAGAGAUGCAGAAGGAAAGAGAGCAGCGAGUUCCAUCUCGCCACAGAGAAAGCACUGUAUCAAGCAACUUGCAGUUGUGGGAAGACAUGAAGGCUGGAAACGAGAAAGGACUCAAAUGCUGCUUAAGAGCAAAGAUUGAUUAUGCAUCAGACAAUGGCUGCUUGAGAGAUCCGGCUUUGUUUCGCUGCAAACUGGAACCUCACGUCCAGACAGGAACUAAAUACAAAGUUUAUCCAACGUAUGACUUUGCAUGUCCCAUUGUAGACAGUGUAGAGGGUGUGACUCAUGCCCUACGAACAAUGGAAUACCAUGACAGAGAUGAGCAAUACUAUUGGAUUUUAGAUGCUUUGGGCUUGCGAAAGCCAUACAUCUGGGAGUACAGCCGAUUAAAUCUGCAGCACACUGUUCUGUCAAAGCGAAAACUGACUUGGUUUGUGGAGCAGGGCUUAGUAGAUGGCUGGGAUGAUCCUCGAUUUCCUACAGUUCGAGGUGUUAUGCGAAGAGGAAUGAGUGUUGAAGGGUUGCGGCAGUUUAUUAUUGCUCAGGGUUCAUCAAAGGCCAACGUGACAAUGGAGUGGGACAAGAUUUGGGCAUUCAAUAGAAAGGUUAUUGAUCCUGUGGCAGAGAGAUGCACUGCUGUUGUGAAAGAGAAAGCUGUUGAAGUGACAGUCAAAGGCUAUACUGGUGGUAGCACGAAAGAGAUUCCAAAACAUCCAAAGUUUCCAAAUGGCAACAAAAAGGAACUGCACUAUUCAACUGUUGUAUAUGUGGAUGGCGAGGAUGCAUCAACGUUUACUGUGGGAGAGACAGUCACUUUUAUGAGCUGGGGCAACGUGGUUGUCGAAAAAAUUGUUAUGGGUAGUGAUGGAGUAGUGACUGGUUUGGAAGUGAAGUUUAAACCAGAUGACGUGGAUUACAAGAACACUACCAAAGUGACUUGGCUUCCAAAACUGGACAGUGCUCCUCUUGUCCCUACACAGUGUGUUUACUAUGAUGACAUCAUUUCUAAAGGAGUUCUUGCAAAAGAGGAUAAUUUCAAGGAUUUCAUCAAUUAUGACUCUAAAACUGUUGUUGAAAUGUAUGGUGAACCAAAUCUCAGAUCUUUGAAGAAGAGUGACGUUAUACAGCUCCAACGGAAAGGGUUCUUUAUCUGUGAUCAACCUUAUGUUCCACCAAGCAUGUACACUAGUGCUGAAGCUCCGUGUGAACUAAUCGCCAUUCCUGAUGGACGCUCCAAAGCACUUCCAACAUCAGGCUCAAAGGCCAAAAAGGUAACUGAUGCUGGUGCAUCCACUGAUCAGGCUGUUAGCAGUGCUAAAGGGGUAUCCAAAGUAUCUAAAUUGGAGCCAACUGCCACAGCUAGUGGGAUAGAAGUCGAUGACUUUAAGAGGAGAAUUUCAGAGCAGGGAGAUAAAGUUAGAGAAUUAAAGACUUCUGCUGCAGCAAAGGAUGUAGUUGAUGCUGAGGUCAAAGUUCUUCUUGAACUAAAGCAGCAACUAAAAGAUCUAACUGGAGAAGAUGUGUCGUCUGGUAGCAGUGGCAAGAAGAAAGGAAAGGGCACCACAGCUAAGCCUUCGCAAGCACCAGCGAAGAAGCAGUCAAAAGAACCUAAAGCAACAGCAGAAGCAGUACCACCAUCUGAGGAAGAUGAUGAGGGCAGGAAACACCUUUCAAGACUAGGUUUGGAAGUAAAGAAGAAUGAGAACUUCAGUGAAUGGUACUCACAGGUUAUCAAGAAAGCUGAGAUGAUUGAAUACUACGAUGUCAGUGGUUGUUACAUUCUAAGACCUUGGUCGUACAGCAUCUGGGACAGAAUCAAAGAUUUUUUUGAUAUGGAAAUCAAGAAGCUUGGUGUAGAGAAUGUGUACUUUCCUAUAUUUGUUUCAAAGAGUGCGUUAGAGAGAGAGAAGACUCAUAUUGAAGAUUUUGCUCCAGAGGUAGCAUGGGUGACGAAGUCUGGGCAGUCUGAGCUUGCUGAGCCUAUUGCUAUUCGUCCUACUUCAGAGACCGUCAUGUAUCCUGCAUAUGCAAAGUGGAUCCAGUCACACAGAGAUUUACCACUGCAACUCAACCAAUGGAAUAAUGUUGUUCGUUGGGAGUUUAAGCAGCCACAGCCGUUUCUUCGAACAAGGGAGUUUCUGUGGCAGGAAGGUCAUUCAGCAUUUGCGACAAGGGAGGAAGCAGUGGAAGAGGUUUACGCCAUUCUAGAGCUGUAUCGACGUGUUUAUGAGGAGUUGCUGGCUAUUCCUGUUAUACGUGGAAAGAAAACUGAGAAAGAAAAGUUUGCAGGAGCAGACUUCACAACUACAGUGGAAGGAUACAUUUCUGCCAGUGGAAGAGGAAUACAGGGUGCAACGUCACAUCAUCUUGGACAAAACUUUUCAAAGAUGUUUGAAAUAGCAUUUGAGAGCCCCACGACUGGAGAGCAUGAAUUUGUAUAUCAAAAUUCUUGGGGCCUCACAACCAGAACAAUAGGAGUUUUGACUAUGGUGCAUGGAGAUGACAAAGGACUUGUACUUCCUCCUCGUGUAGCUUGUAUACAGGUGAUUAUAGUUCCGUGUGGUCUGAGUGCCAAGUUGAGGGAUGAAGAACGAGUUGAGUUGUUGAAACAGUGUGAAGACUUUGUUGCCAGUCUCAAGGUUGCUGGCAUUCGGUGCAAGGGUGACUACCGUGACAAUUACUCGCCCGGAUGGAAAUUUAAUCAUUGGGAACUGAAGGGUGUUCCUGUUCGUGUUGAAAUUGGACCUCGUGAUGUCAAGAACAAGCAGUACGUUGCUGUUCGACGUGAUACUGGCCAAAGGAAUGUGCAUAAACGAGGCGAGCAAACAGUUAAGGAGCUUAUGGCUUUACUGGAUGAUAUCCAAGCUUGUAUGUUUAAAAAUGCAAAAGAGAUUCGUGAUGCAAACAUUUCUAUGGCUACUAGCUGGAUUGAAUUUGUGAGUCACCUUAAUCAAAAAAAGCUUGUUCUAGCUCCGUAUUGUGGUAGUUGUGAGGACAAAAUCAAGAAGGACAGUGCAAAACAUGAUGACGCAAGUGAAGUGGGUCAGGCUUUGAUGGGCGCCAAAGCAUUGUGUAUUCCUUUUGAUCAGCCGGCUGAGGUUGAUUCUGGUACUCCAUGUGUGCACCCAGAAUGUUCUAACAAGGCAAACUGCUUUACCCUGUUUGGACGAAGCUACUAGACAGUGGACAAAGAUGUAGUUGGAAUUACUUCUGAUUGUGUACGUUAAGUCUAGACCACAUGGAACAAUAGAUUUGGAAAGGUGGUUGAGACAA